CACGGACAUUACAAAAACUACCUAGUCAAUUUGUUUCGUCGACUAUCACGAGCAGAUUAGAUAAUCUUUGCGAUGUGUUCCGUCGACUAUCACGGACAUUACAAAAACUACCUAGUCAAUUUGUUUCGUCGACUAUCACGAGCAAAUUAGAUAAUCUUUGUGAUGUGUUCCGUCGACUAUCACGGACAUUACAAAAACUACCUAGUCAAUUUGUUUCGUCGACUAUCACGAGCAAAUUAGAUAAUCUUUGUGAUGUGUUCCGUCGACUAUCACGGACAUUACAAAAACUACCUAGUCAAUUUGUUUCGUCGACUAUCACGAGCAAAUUAGAUAAUCUUUGUGAUGUGUUCCGUCGACUAUCACGGACAUUACAAAAACUACCUAGUCAAUUUGUUUCGUCGACUAUCACAAGCAAAUUAGAUAAUCUUUGUGAUGUGCUCCGUCGACUAUCACGGACAAUUCAAAAAUUACCUAGUCAAUUUGUUUCGUCGACUAUCACGAACAAAUUGGAUCCCCUGCUAAGUUUGUUCCGUCGACUAUCACGGGCAAGGUAGAAAUCCUAGACAAUUUGUUUCGUUGACUAUCACGAGCAAAUUAGACCAUCUUUUUAACUUGUUCUGUCGACUAUCACGGGCAAAUAAAAAUUACCUAGCCAAUUUGCUUCGUCGACUAUCACGAGCAAAUUAAAACCCCCCUACUAAAUUCGUUCCGUCAACUAUCACAGACAAUUUAGAAAACCUAGUCAAUUUGCUUCAUCGACUAUCACGAGCAAAUUAAAAAAACCCUUCUAAAUUUGUUCCGUCUACUAUCACGAGCAAUCUAGAAAACCUAGUCAAUUUGCUUCGUCGACUAUCACAAGCAAAUUAAAACCCUCAUGCUAAACUUGUUUCGUCGAUUAUCACAGACAAUUUAGAGAACCUAGUCAAUUUGCUUCGUCGACUAUCACGAGCAAAUUAUACCCUCUGCUAAACAUGUUUUGUCGACUAUCACGGGCAGUUUAGAUAACUAAGUAAAUUUGCUUCGUCGGCUUUCACGAGCAAAUGAGAUCCCUCCUUCUAAAACUUGUUUCGUCGACUAUCACGGACAAUGUAGAAAACCUAACCCCGCUCCGCAUACCGCGAGGGGGCAACCAAAUUCCCGAGUCUGCUUACCGCAACCGAAAGAAAAAAACCCUUCACCCACUCUGCAUACCGCAAGGGGGCAACCGAAAUCCCAAGUAUGCUCUACCGCCAUGGGAAUAAAUCUACACCCACUUUGCUUACCACACCGGGCAACCAAAUUCCAAAGUCUUCCCUACAGCCACGGGAACAAAUCAACAACUCACGGGAGCUGAGGAGCACCCCUACCAUUCAAUACCUCACGGGAGCUGAGGAGCGCCCCAACCAAUCAAAACCUCACAGGAGCUGGCGAGCCCCUCUAUCAGUCAACAACGCACGGGAGCUGAGGAGCGCCCCAACCAAUCAAAACCUCACAGGAGCUGGCGAGCCCCUCUAUCAGUCAACAACGCACGGGAGCUGAGGAGCGCCCCUACCAAUCAAUACCUCACAGGAGCUGGCGAGCCCCUCUAUCAUUCAAUAACGCAUAAGAAAUAAAGAGCACCCCUACCAAUCAAUACCUCACAGGAGCUGGCGAGCCCCUCUAUCAUUCAAUAACGCAUAAGAGAUAAAGAGCACCCCAACCAGUAAAUACCUAACCGGAACUGGCAAGCGCUAAAGAAAUAUAGCAGAAGAUGAUUGACGAGCAUCAGAAAAUCCGUCAACGAUGUUAAGUGUCAACAAAGUACUGUAGAGUGAGUACAAGAAAAUUUAUCGCGUUGACGAACGCUAUAUAAGUACGUAAAUUAUCCCUCAUUGGUGAAGGCUAUCAAAGAAAUUGAAGCCCUCGCAAUCAGCGAUCUCAUACCAACACACAAAACUAACAACAGUUCUCACAUAAAAAAUAAAAAACCCUACUCUCCUUGAAACUCUAACACAACUAUCGAGACUACUCUCACAAAAUGUGAUGUCUUUAUAGACACUUUGUAUAACUCUUUAUACAAAGAGAUAUACAAAGGGGGGCAACUGUAGACACCACAUUUUGUCCGAGAUAAUUGUUUUAUUGAAAAUAAUUUUGUCACGUCAUACUACAAUUAUAUUUAAAUAGAAGUUGAAGAUAGUUUGGUUGAGACUAUCAGUUGCAAGUCAAUAUGAACCAACAAUUGUCAAAUUUGCUCCUAGUCGAUUCUAGGGCCUAGUUAGUUAAGAUAGGACCGGUUUAAGUUAAGAUUAGCAGUGGCAAAUCUUACAUAUAAAUUCUCAAUUGGAUGGAAGAAAUAACUAGUGCAAAUUUUGUUGCUCGAGUUUGGAUUUGAAUUCGGUAUUUGAAAUGGGACAAAUUGAAUAGUGGAAUGAGCUUUAUUAUCAAAGAUUGUACAACAUGGGUAAUGACCUCUAAAUGAAGCAAGAAUUAGAAUUAACUACAAUGACUAAUGCUAACUCUACAAAAUUUGGGCACCAAUCAGAUCAAGACUAGGCCUCUUUGCUAUUUCUUUUGGGCCCAAAGCAAACCCAACCUGCAGAAAAAAAAGAAGACCAGUCAGUUCUCAAGUGAGAGUCCAAGUCCAUAGAUUAAGCCCAAAUCAAAGUAAUUCAAGACUAGACAGAGCCCAGUAUCGGCCCAGAAAAUUUAUGACAGGCCCAGCCCAGACAAACGUCCAACAAACAGGCCCAGCUCGGCCCAUCGAAAUCGGACCAUAACCGAACCGGCCUGGUUCGGCCUGACCACAUCCCAUCCACAGCCGACCUCAACACCAGGCACACUCUUCAAAGUCAUAUUAAAAAAAUGGACGAAUUAUAUAGCGACACGUGGCCGUUUGGUUUGCUUUAAAUGAGCUCCUUGAGCUCUUUGUUGGGAGGGGGACGAAUGGAAAAAGGAGAGAAACAUACAGAAAAUUCUAAAAAAAACAAGAGACUAAUCUUUUCAUUACAACAACAAACUGAGCCCAGAUCUGAAGGGUGGAGCACAAAGAAGUGUUCUUGGAGCAGAAUUCCCAAUCAGGUUGGUACUUUUGACUCUGCUUUAAUGUUGAUAGAUUGCAUUUCAGCUCGUUUCAUCCAGUCUUGAUCAUUAUACAAUUGCAAUAUCCAUCAACUUGUAUUGAAGCAAUUUAAUUUACAAACACUUCUGCAUUCUUUACGUUCAAGAACUGUAUUUACUUGUAAUAAGAUCUGCUCAUAGCAAUAGCAAUUCCAAUUCGGCAUUAAGCUUCUUUCAAUUGAGUAUUUAUUUACUUCUCUUAUCAAUUCAUAGACUAUUUUAAAGUUAUGUUAUGCUUUCCAUUUCCUUGCAAGCAAAUAGCUAGCCAAUAGUCUAUUUAUCAUAUACAAGCAAAUAGACAGAGGUCUUUAGAAACAAGCAAAUAGAUACGGGGCAAUCCAGAUCUAGAUACAACAAAAACACCCUAAAUAUGAUAAAAUUUCAGAUUUCAA